AUGAAAACAAAGACAGGCAAUCUCCUCAAGAAACUCAAGCCCAUCCCAACUCCCACUUGCAACCCUCAAACUCAAACCCUCCAAACCUCAAAUCCCGAUCGAAAAACAAACAAUCCCGAGCCCGCCUCACUAGCCGACGAAAAACUGACCUCACAGGAAGCCCAUCCCAACACCAAACAAGUCAAAAUGGAAAAUGUGGAAGCCCACGAGGAGAAACUCCCAAAUUUCGAGCUUGGCCCGCGCCUCGAAACAACCGACACGUCAUCGAAAGAUCGAGACGACAAGCGCAUUAAUCUCCCGCACGAGCUAAUCAAGUUCAAAGAGUACAAAUGCCCCCCGGGAGGAAAAGACAAGCUCGUCCUCUACACGACGAGCCUCAGGGGCAUCCGGAAGACGUUCGAGGACUGCAACGCGGUCCGCUUCCUUCUCGAGAGCCUCCGGGUGGCGUACUCCGAGAGGGACGUGUCGAUGCACCUCGAAUACAGGAACGAGCUGUGGGGUGUCAUGGGGGCCCGCACGGUCCCCCCAAGGCUCUUCGUCCGGGGGAGGUACGUGGGCGGGGCAGACGAGGUCGUGGGCCUACACGAGAAGGGUGCCCUAAUGGGCCUGCUGAGGGGUAUCCCACCGAUGGGUCCAUUGGGGGGAGGCCCGUGCUCGGUUUGCGGAGGGAUGAGGUUCGUAUUGUGUGUCGGGUGCAACGGGAGCCGAAAGGUGGGGCCCACCGGGGGGGAGCCCGUGAGGUGCGUAGAGUGCAACGAGAACGGGCUGGUUAAGUGCUCGGUUUGCGGAUAG